AUGGGCCAGGUGCUGACUGCAUCCAGGUGCGGGGGAAAUGAAAACCACGAGGCGUGCGAGACCAGACACAUCGGGCCUGCUCCGCGCAAACGCUUUGUCUCCCGUCCACCUUCCCUGGGCCCUCUCCCACCGCCCGAGCCGAGCGGCCCCCCGGAGCACGGGAGGGAUUCGGCGGCCACCACACGGCCCGGCCUUUUCCUGGCCUCCCUCCCUCACUCGGCUCCGCGGCUCCCGGCUCUUAGGCCCCCUUUCCUCGUUGCCUUUGAUUGCCGAGAACCAGCCGGGCCUUUGGGCCGUGGAGUGAGGCCCCAGGCGGCGGCGCAGGCCCGGCCCGGGCUCGCGGCUGCUGCGGCGGCGGCUGCUGGGGCGGCUGCUCUGCGGCCAAGGGUGCCCUGUGCCAGCCUCGAGCCCCCGGCCUUUGGGGACACGGACUGCUGGGGAAGUCGAGGCUCCCGGCCGAUGGAGGCGCCGCAGGGCCUGGGGCCUCAGGUGCCCGUGCCCCCACCCCCGGAGCUGGCAGCGCCCGUGCCCCCACCCCCGGAGCUGGCAGCGCCCGUGCCCCCACCCCCGGAGCUGGCAGCGCCCUGCCCCCGUGCCCCCACCCCCAGAGCUGGCAGCGCCCUGCCCCCGUGCCCCCACUCCCGAAGCUGGGUUCCCAAGGGUGCCUAA